AUGGACUACACUGCUGAGGAGUUGGCAAACAUCAAGAAGAGAAUCAGCGAAAACAUGGCGAGCCUGGCAGAAAAGCAACGAGAGCUUGACGACAUCUUGGCAUUCAUCGCCAGGCUUGAGAGCGCGAGCCUUCGUCAGUUGGCUGAGAGCGCCUCUGGUUCAAGGAAGAAAAGGCACUUGGCAGAGCCAAAAUCCGUGCUAGAACAGAAGGAGGAAUAUGAGCAGAAGCGGGUGGCAAUGGAACAGAACAUUGGGCGCAUGUGGGAGAAGAUUCAUGAUUUGCAGGAGCAGGAGCGGAUGUUGGAUGGGAGACAGUAA